AACAUUAAAAGGAAGCGGAAGUACAUGCUGGUAUCGUGGUAUCGCUUUAUGUGUUAGCGUUUUAUUUCAGCAGGAAUUUAAAACUGACUUCAUCGAUUAAUUCCGUCUCCGGGAAAAUAAUGAUGCACAAAAUAAUGCAGAAAAACGAAGAAGUUUUCACAAUUAUUUCCGAAAAACACCUGGAUGAAAUGGUUACCUCCAUGAUCAUUUUAGUAAGUUCACCAAGAUAUAGCUGGAACUAUCAUUGAAAGACAAGAGAGAACUACAUCUUUGAGCAAGUGGAUUGUGUUAAUCGCUUCACUGGAUAUGAACUGGACAGAGCACAGUCUGUGUCUGAAUCCUGACAGUAGACUGGACAAUUCAUCGCUUCUCAUCUGCUUCACUGUACUAUUUACUCUCCCCUGAUGGCUAGUGGUGAUUCAGGUGAUGACUUCUCUCUGACUCCACCCACUUCAGGGAAGACAACGAAGAAGAAACAUAGAUUACCUGAAAUCUGGCCCCAAAAUGAACACUGUCAGGAGACUGACAAUACAUCAGAUGGAAAGGAGUCACCAACAGAGCAGGCAGAUGGUCAGAGAAGGACGUAUAGCUAUAUGAGCCCAAUUAGCAGUGAUGCAGAUGACAUUCCUCAAAAGUCACAGAGAAGACAUCAUGCUAAACAGGGCAAGAGUCAGUCUAUGAAGAGUUCGCACAAAGAAAAGCCUAAAAGAAGAGGAAGCAUCAAAAAGACACAGAACUGUAGUGAUCUCAGUCCACCCAAGAGUGAUUCUGAGCCGGAUGAGUACAUUUCAGAAGUGUCACAGAUGAAAAAGGGUCAGGCAAGAAAGGAAAUUAUGAAGUCACCAAAGGGUUCAGACCAGGUAGCCAAAAAUGGUAUUAAUGAGAAGGCAAAAUCUAGAAAGCGACAUGCCAGUAGAAAUGUUUCAACAGACAAUGAUUCUGAAACGUUCUCUGAUAAGUUGACAAAGAUUGCACCCAUGUCUAGAAAGUCACAAGGAAAGUGUAGAGUGUCUACCGAGAAAGCUGAGAGAGUAGAAUGCAUAUCAUCUGACUUGGAGAGCAACAGAGUAAGGAGUUUUAGAAUGUCUGAGGAUGAAGACGCUAGACACGAUGGAGAGCACCAAGCCAAAAACAGCGCCGGAGAAUUCCAUCGAAGAAUCAAGCACAGACAUUCAGAUUCUGAAUCCUCUGACACUGAAGAUGAUGACAUGGAGGAGAAGCCAAAAAUGCGGCGUGUCAGAGUAACUCCGAAGCAGAAGGAUCAAGGUUUAAAAAUGUUAGUUGGAAAGUCUGAUCUCGUGGAGCAGCCCACUGAAGGCUCAUCAAGUAAACCUCGGCUUAAGAAAAUAGAGGGACAGGGCUCUCGUAAAGCUGUUCCUAUUGAGUGUGAAAUAUGCGGCCGCAGCAUCCGGUGCAAAGCCAUAUUAGAGAGGCACAUGCUCACACACACAGGAGAGAAGCCGUUUGAAUGUGAUGAAUGCGGCAAGCACUACACCAGCAGCUCCAACCUGCGCAUCCACCAGCUCAGCCACAGCGGCAAGAUGGACUACGUUUGUAACGAGUGUGGCCAGAAGUUCACUCACUUGCCAUAUCUGAAAAGACACCUGUUGAGGCACUCGGGGAAGAAGAUGCACAUUUGUGAACACUGCGGCAAAGGCUUUAUCCAAAAAUACCACCUUUUGCGUCACAUAAUGGUUCACACUAGGCAAAUGCCGCAUGUCUGUGACAAGUGUGGCAUGAGCUUCAACCGUACAGACUACCUGAAUCUACACCUGCGCAAUGUCCACCUGAUCGACAGUAACACACCCAAGGCAAAGGCAGAAAAACUUUACAAGUGUGAGACAUGUAAUAAAUCCCUUGGCAGCCACACUUCGCUGGAAACACACAAACGCGUACACACAGGGGCCAAGCCGUAUACAUGUAUUGUAUGCUCUCGCCAGUUCAAACAGUCAAGUCACCUGUAUUCCCACAUGUUCACACACUCCAGUGAGAAGCCACAUGCAUGUAACCUCUGUGAGCUGAAAUUCACGCGAAAAAGCUACCUGCGAAAGCACAAAGAAAGGAUGCACACUGGAGCUGGUGAUGCACAAAGUUCCUGACUGUUUUUACAGUAUGGUCUGCCUUGCGAAUGCUCGACAAUUUGAAAAGAUUACGUGAAUCCACAUUUACAGACUCAAAACAACCCUAGAGAAAGUGACAAGGCAGGUACAGUAUAUACUUAUUCAUAGGGAUUUAAUGUAUGUGAAAAUUGGAAAGGUGCAAAUACUUUUUAUCCUUUCCAUUACAAAGUAGCCAGUUUUAGGCAAAGGUUAGAACUUGCCGGUACCAGCACGGCCUCGUAGUGACUUGAGCUCCUGUGUUUAGUCAUUUACUUUACAUUAUUUUUGUGAAAAACUGUAUUUAUUUAAAGAAAAAAAAAUCAGUUUACAACAAACAGAUGAAAAACCAAUUAGAAUAUACAGUAUGAUAGUUUAUUACAGUAAGUAUAGAAGUGAUGGUCUAUUACAGCAGUAAGGAGUUGUUAGGUAUUGCAGAGGUGGACAAAACCAAUUUUUUCUUCCUUUUUCCCCCCAAUUUUGAAAGUGUUUGGUUAUGCCCCAUGCGUAUGAGCUGGAUAUAUAUAGUAUCCAGUACAGAUAAGGCUUAUACAUUCUCUUUGUCAUUUAUUUUUUUAUAAUAAAGUCAUUGUAUACAACUGUA